AACUCCUACAUUACUGCCCUCCUCGCAGCCAACGAUUCCGGAUCCAGACUCUCCUACUAAUACCAGGACAGCCCAGCCGGACUCUACCAUGGUGGUGCCAACACCACCGCCGCCGCCGCUGCCGCCAACUUCCCCUAGCAUAACUAAACCGAGUUCAAGUCCAACUUCAAUUUCAACUGGACGACUUCACGUCUGUCAGCCAGUUCGUCUAAGGCCCAGUCUUUAAGUACAACUACUAUGGUUCAAACUACAGGGGAAAGCUCCGGUGACUCGUUGACAACACCAACCAUUGCGCCUUCCAGCAGUUUGAAGAGUGGAAGUACCUCACUCAAAAGCAGCACGGCGGAUGAGAGCACCGCAUUUUCCUCCCAGUCUCCAUCUUCAACCCCUUCUAAAUUCGAAACUUUAACGUCACCACCACUUAGCGCAAUGCCUGAGAUUUUUCCAACUCGUACGAAACAGUCGACACCACCAGCUUCCGAAACACCGGAGACUGAAUUGCCUGAGCCGUUCACGACAAUUACUCAAAUUCCGGAUGAACCAUCUCCAACUAAAACUACCACAAUCACCACCCUGACAAGUCUGAGCGAUGUAGCUUUCAUUACCACUUUCGUACAAGGGAUAAAAAUCGGAUUGGAUGAUCAGAUUACGAAGUAUGUGACUACCUAUACGGAUUUCCAAGGUAAACCAACUAGAACGGAGAGUGUCUUGGCACAGGCGUCUAUGGAAACAACGGUUUAUAGAGAUGCUCAUGGGGUCCCCACGAGUACCGGGACGUAUAUAAUGCUUAGACCUCCAAGACAAACGACUUUAACGGACUACCAAGGCAGGGCAACAUUAACUCAAGAUUAUUAUCUUGGUCUAACUACACAAGUCAUUUACGACGUAGACGGUCAUCCAACCACUACUGCGACUUCAAUGGUUACAAAGAUAGCUACGCUGACUACUCUUUUUGACGAGCAUGGUGUACCAACCCUAACCAAGACUGAGCUUGUCCCCCUUUCCUUGACGACGACAACUAUUGUAACGCCAACGCCAGAAGUAGCCCCUAAUGUUCAAAGCAAACAGGCGGUAAAAGUUGUUCCCAUUUCCAACGGAAAAUAUUUCUUAGGCCUGAUGCUCCCCACGUUUAUUGCGAUUGUCGUAUCGAUUUCGGUCAGGAUGAUCGAUCAGAGCGCGAGGCUCUAUUAUCCAUUCCACGCACUAGCGUCAACUCGAGGCGCGCUGGCUUGUGAUAGCCUUUGCUUCCAGACGACGGACAUGUGGAAUUUAAGCGCGCGUUUUCGCUCACUGCUGAGUGGAGACAUUCUCCUUACUCUAACCGGGUUGUUGGUGUUGGGAAGUAUUAUUUUAGUUCCCUUAACUUCCGAAGCUGUUCGCAUUAUCCUCAAAGGACCGAAUUGCGCUACUUCGGGAGGAGACUCUUCUGCUUGUGUCAUGGUCCUUGGUGUGAAUCCAGUGCAAGCCCAAGCCGUCGUGGCGCUCCUUGUCUUCUUGGUUAUCAUAGUUUUGAUAACUGCAAUUGUGCUUCGGAGGUGGGAAACGGGGUUGAGCUGGAAUCCUUGGAGUCUAUUUCAUAUGGGCCACCUUGCUGCAAACAACGAAAUUCGCACCUUGCUUCUGCGACGCGUGCGCGAAAAGGGGGGCAAUGUGUCAAACAAGGAUAUGAACAAAACCCUAGCGAAGAAAGUCUUCGUCUUAACUAAUUGGGAAGAAAAUGGGUACUCCAAAUACAGUAUACUGAUUCGGAACGAGACAUGCUUGAAGACGAAUGGGAGGCCCACAAGGAGGAAAGCGCAUCGAAGGAAGACAAAGGGAAGCUCGAUGCCGUUCUUUGUUCUCACGUGGACAGGGAGGCUGCUUUUCCUAGCCUUGCUGUGCGGUAUGAUAAUCGGCUUGUUAAUAUACACCAUUACGGGAGAUGGACAGGACUAUAUACGAUAUAUGAACGGCAGGUGGCGUGUUGUGCGAGUUGUAUUCACCACAAUUGGCGUUUUUAUCUCACUAAUAUGGUGGUCGUUUUUUCAAUCCGUCGCGUUUCUUCUUCCUCAUAAAUUACUCCAUCGAAUACGUCUCUACAAUGGAGAAGCGGCAUACAUAACACCACCAACCAACCCGUUCACGGGCGUUUGGUCGUCGCUAACACCCGGACGCCGUGAUGUCUAUCUUGGCCUUGUCAGUGCCACAUCAAUCUUAUCCGAGAUCCUCCCGAUGCUCCUGAGCACGUCGCUGGACAAAUGUACCGAAUCUUUCUGGGCACAUACAGUCUGUCUUUGGAUGUCGGUGGGCGUGCUAAGCGUGAUGGUAUUCACGAUCACUGGGUUUUCCUUCGUUGAUUGGCCUCCGAGUCUACCGAUGGACCCAAGCACAAUAGCCGGUGGUAUGUACUACACUCUGACCAACUUUAUAUCCAUGAGUCCAUCGUCAGGACUGCUUUUUGGCAAAGAGAGCCCGGGUAUGGUUUAGUUUAGUUUACGUUAAGGAGUCGCUUCGCUUUGGUGGCCUCCGUAAAGUCUUGUAUAUAUUAAAUGCUAG